AUGUCUACUACGACUGACAAACAAUACUACCAUGUCGGUGUUUUGCUCUUCCAGGGCGCAGACAUUCUCGACUUCGCAGGCCCCAUGGAAGUCCUGUCACAUGUCUCACAUAACCGGAAUCCAGACGACCCUGAUCGGAUAUUCACCAUAAACACUAUCGCACAAAGCAGUACCAUUCGUGCUGCAAAUGCAUUGACUGUGCGGGUAGAUGCAUCCCUGGAUGAUGCGCUGGAGAAUAUCUCCGACUACGACAUUCUAGUCGUGCCAGGAGGGCCGCCCUCUGUACUACAGCCCAUGGUCGAUGCCAAUGUGCCCGAGAUUGAGCUGAUCCGUAGGUUUGCACGUCUACCCCGAGUUACUUCAAAGCAGCCACGUCUGUUAUUCUCGGUUUGUACCGGCGCUUUCUUGCUUGGUGCCACGGGCGUUCUAUCGGGUCUGACUGUCACCACUCAUCAUCGAGCCAUCAAUACUCUCCGGGAUAUAUGCACCAAAUUUGGGAACAAGAGCGAACCGUCAACGAACGUGGUUCAUAACCGCUAUAUGGAUGGCGGAUUUAUCAAAGGAGAUGCUGUACAAGUCAUCACAGCUGGGGGUGUUAGCUCAGGCCUUGAUGCCAGCUUCUAUGUUAUCCGCCUGCUAACGACUACGGAGAUGGCUGCUUUUGUAUCUCGGGUGAUGGAAUAUACUUGGAAUGAAGUAGACAAGUGA